AUGUCUUCCCCUCGAGACGCCCCCAUCUCCUCCCUUGGCCAUAUGUGGUGGGCUGCCAACAAUCCUCCCGCAGACCCUAAGUCUUCCUUUGCCGGCAAGACCAUCCUCAUCACGGGCGCCAAUGUCGGCCUUGGAUUCGAAGCAUGCCUCAAAUUCGCUGCCCUAGGAGCUUCUCGCCUCAUUUUGGGCGCGCGAUCUCUAAAACGCGGCGAGGCUGCCAAAGUAGAAGUGUGCAAGCAAACUGGAUAUCGAUCUCAAGACAUCGUCAUCUACGCUCUCGGCAUGGGAACCUUCUCUGGAGUGAAUGCUUUCGUCGCCGAAGUCGACAAACAUGAGCCUCGCAUCGAUAUCGCUAUUCUACAUGCCGGCAUAGCUGCACAUCACUUUGAGCUCGGCCCCGAAGGCUACGAAUCGUCAGUCCUGGUCAACGGUCUCUCCACCGCUCUCCUUGCUGCUCUUCUGCUACCCAAGCUCCGUUCCUCCUCCAAGCUUUCCGGAUCACCCUCUCGCCUCCAGAUCACCGGUAGUUGCGGACACCAUCUUGCCCCCGCAUCCAAACUCGACUUCCCCGCGAGCGCCAACAUACUCGACGAAGUCUCGAAGCCAGAGUAUUUCAACAUGAUGGACCAGUACUGUCUGACCAAGCUGCUGAAUAUGUACACCCAAGAUGCGCUCGUGGAGGCGCAGGCGAGACACGGCGGCGCGGAUGAGGUGAUCAUCACCGUGGUCUGUCCCGGCCUCUGCAGGACGAACUUGGGUCGUGAUUUUCCGUACUGGCAGCGAGUAUGCAACGGCGUUUUCCAAAAGAUAUUUGCCCGCUCCGCGGAACAGGGUAGUCGGACCAUGGUCAGCGGUGUGGCGCUCGGAAAGGACGCGCAUGGGGAGUUCUGGAGUCACGAUGUGUUCUACAGGAAAGGCGAGUUGUGUAAGGGUCAGGAGGGCAAGAGGUUGCAGAAACGCGUAUGGGGUGAGAUGCUGGAGGUGCUGCAGCGGAAGGCGGGCUUCGAUCCGAGCCAGCUUUGA